AGCCCUUAUCUGAUCCCAGCUCUGGGUUUAAGAGUCCUGCCCCUGUCUGUCGCACAGCUCCGUUCCUUCCUCCUGCCCGCCCAUUCGUCCGUCGGUCCUGCAGACCCGAGGCCCGUCUGAGGGGCCACUGCACCCAGGACCCAAGAUGUCAUCUGUUGCCAAGGUGUAUUACAGCCAGACUACUCAGACAGAAAGCCGGCCCCUAAUGGGCCCAGCGAUACGAAGGCGGAGAGUCCUGACGAAGGAUGGUCGCAGCAAUGUGAGGAUGGAGCACAUUGCAGACAAGCGCUUCCUCUACCUCAAAGACCUGUGGACCACCUUCAUCGACAUGCAGUGGCGGUACAAGCUUUUGCUCUUCUCUGCGACCUUUGCAGGCACCUGGUUCCUCUUUGGUGUGGUGUGGUACCUAGUUGCUGUGGUUCAUGGCGACCUGCUGGAGCUGGGUCCCCCAGCCAACCAUACGCCCUGUGUGGUACAGGUACACACGCUCACUGGAGCCUUCCUCUUCUCCCUGGAAUCCCAGACCACCAUUGGCUAUGGCUUUCGUUACAUCAGUGAGGAGUGCCCACUGGCUAUUGUGCUUCUUAUUGCCCAGCUGGUGCUCACCACCAUUCUGGAGAUCUUCAUCACAGGGACCUUCCUGGCCAAGAUUGCCCGGCCCAAGAAGCGUGCUGAGACCAUCCGCUUCAGCCAGCAUGCGGUGGUAGCUUCCCACAACGGAAAACCCUGCCUUAUGAUCCGAGUUGCCAAUAUGCGUAAGAGCCUCCUCAUAGGCUGCCAGGUGACAGGCAAACUGCUUCAGACUCACCAGACCAAGGAGGGAGAGAACAUCCGCCUCAACCAGGUCAAUGUGACUUUCCAAGUAGACACAGCCUCUGACAGCCCCUUCCUCAUUCUGCCCCUCACCUUCUACCACGUGGUUGACGAGAACAGUCCCUUGAAGGAUCUACCCCUCCGCAGUGGUGAGGGGGACUUCGAGCUGGUGCUGAUCCUCAGUGGCACAGUGGAGUCCACGAGUGCCACCUGCCAGGUGCGCACUUCCUACCUGCCCGAGGAGAUCCUCUGGGGUUAUGAAUUCACACCUGCCAUCUCUCUGUCAGCCAGUGGCAAAUACAUAGCUGACUUCAGCCUUUUUGACCAGGUUGUGAAAGUGGCCUCUCCUAGUGGCCUCCGUGACAGCACCAUGCGCUACGGAGACCCAGAAAAGCUCAAGUUGGAGGAGUCAUUGAGGGAGCAAGCCGAGAAGGAGGGAAGUGCCCUCAGCGUGCGCAUCAGCAAUGUCUGA